UAUUAAGAGUACAUAAGUAAUAAUUUCUUAUAUGCAACCGAAUCAACAAGUUCAAGAAUACAACGACUCUACACGAUAAGAUUCUUACUUUAUGAUAACAGGUUAAGAAACCACAUGUUCUAAAAAAGGAAUCAAAUCGUAUGUUGCUCACCAUUUUAUUUCUGUUUCUUAUUAAAUAAUAAUAUCUGGAUAAAAGAAAAUCCUGAGAAAUAUAAAAGCAUCAUGUGUAUGGAGAAGCACGGCCAUGAUGAGGAGGAGCAACCCAAACCUGUGGUUCUAAUCACAGGAUGUUCCACGGGAGGGAUAGGCCACGCGCUUGCACGAUCCUUCGCAGCGAACAGGUGCAGGGUGGUGGCCACCAGCAGGUCGCGGUGGAGCAUGGCGGAUCUGGAACACGACCACAGGUUCUUCUUGCAAGAAUUGGAUGUUCAGUCCGAUGAGAGCGUGCGUAAAGUGGUCGAUGCUGUUGUCGACAAGUACGGUCGCAUCGACGUGCUUGUUAACAACGCUGGUGUUCAGUGUGUGGGCCCCCUUGCCGAGGUUCCUCUCUCUGCCAUUCAAAACACUUUCGAUACCAAUGUCUUCGGUUCGUUGAGAAUGAUUCAGGCCGUUGUUCCUCAUAUGGCUGUUAGGAAACAGGGGAAGAUAGUCAACGUUGGCAGCGUUGCUGCCUUGGCCUCUGGACCUUGGUCAGGCACUUACAAUGCUUCCAAAGCUGCUCUUCAUGCUUUCACUGAUACAUUAAGAUUGGAACUUGGACACUUUGGAAUCGACGUUGUGAAUGUAGUUCCUGGAGCCAUCACUUCCAAUAUUGCAAAUAAUGCCCUUGCCAAUUACAAUCGAAUGCCUGAAUGGAACUUAUUCAAGCCUUUUGAAGCAGCAAUCCGAGACAGAGCUUCUUUGUCUCAGGGGUCCAAGUCGACCCCUUCGGAGGAGUUUGCUAAAAACACAGUAGCAGCUGUUCUUAAGAAGAAUCCACCUGCAUGGUUCUCCUAUGGCCAUUACUCUACCUUCAUGGCUAUCAUGUAUCAUUUACCACUCUUUCUUAGAGACUUUUUUUUGAAGAAAUUGAUGAAAUGCUGAGCUACGGUUUCGUGUAUCCAUCUUUUCCCAUGUAUAAUGUAUGUUGAUGGACACUGAUUAAUCUACUUUAAGCACGAGAUUUCAUUGGAGGGUGUAUUGUUAAGACUUCAAAUGUUAUAUAUUCAGUUCCAUUUUACCA